CAGAGUUCUAAGCCACAGCAGGGCCAAGCAAAGACAACUUGUAUCUAACCAUGAGACAGAGUGCUGCUGUGUUGUGAUAGAAUUUUACAAAAAGCAAAAUAGAGAAUAUCAUCUGUAUUUUGAGCACAUACAAACCACAUGCAUGUUAAUGAGCCUGUCCCUCGGCUUUCUAUUUCUCAGCCUUCUCCCAUUUCUUUCCAUUUUUCCUAUCACUUUUCCCCUCACUUUAUUUCUUCCUUGUCAGUCUCUGCCAUGUAUUCUUUCAUUCCUUCUCAUUUUCUCCCUCUCUACUAUUCUUGCUCAGUCACUUUAAUCUUUUUACAUCUCCUCUCUCUUCUUAGAUGACAUUUUCUCCAUUUCUCAUUUUAAUCACUUCGCUAUUUAAUUCCCCUUAUUCUGUUACAGUCUCCCCUCCUCCUCCCAUGUUUCAUCUAUUUCCCAUACAUCCCUCUAUGCUAUACAGAAUCUCUUCUGCCUCUUAAUCUUUCCCUUUUUUCUUAACUGUUUCUAUUUCACCCCUUGCAUGUUUUCCGAUUGCCCCCCUCUUAAUCUUGUUGUACAUUAUUUCCAAAGCUUCCCUUCUUUAAUCUCUAUUGCCAUGUCAGCCAAGCCACCCUUACUGCUCUAUAGGUUCUCUCUCCCUUUUAUUUUUCUUUUAUUUUUAAGUCAAAUUUUAUUAUUAAAAAAGUUUCCUUGUAAAUGUUUUGUCAGUCAUUUUAACCCAUUCUUCACACAUAAUGCUCACUUCUCCUCCUCCUCCCCCUUCUCCUUUCUCACCCCGUUUCCUUUUCAACCCAUUUUUUCGUUUCACCAAUAUUCUUCCAUUCACCCCAAACCCCACCUCUUGCUCUUUAACUCUCUUUUCUCCCCCAUCAUUCUCCUCCUUGACACCCUACAACUUCCCCUCUUCUCUCUCACCACUUCAACUUUUGCCCUUCUCCAUUCUCCUUCCUGCUCUUUCACUCUCUUUCCUUCCCUUACUCAUUGUAACUGCCCUCUCUGUUCUCCCAGCUUCUCUGUCUGCCCUUCCUUCCCUCCCUACUCUCUACUUCUUAUUGUCCCUCUCACUGUCCCUUUUAUCUACACCUUCUUCUCAGUUUCACUCUCUCUUUCCUCCCCAGCUCCCCUCUCCUUCUCAUGUUCGCUCCCCACACAGGACGGUUGCCGCUCUGUGGGCCUCAGUGCGCUUCCGGUUUGCCCACCUGGAGCCGGCAGGUAAGGGCAGGUAAGGGUGGCGGAGCACGCAUGAGCAGUAUGCGCAGCAGAGGCUACAGACUCUCACCUGGGUCCAGCAAAGCGGAAGUGAGUGCGGUAACAUCAGCCCCCAGAGCUGUCAUCAUCUUCAUCAUCAAUAUAAUCGUUACCGCGGUGACAGCCCCCUCCGUCCGGAUCCACCUCCGCCCCAUCCGUCCCCACCUGCCGCCUGUCUGUGCGAGGAGCCGCUGAGAAGCGCAGAGCUGCUGGGGGCCCCACUCCAUCACUGCUUUGCGGUACAACAGAAACGUGUGAUGGGACAUCCUACCGACUGAUUCUUUGUUGCGCGCCGUCCUGCCCCACAUUUAACAUGGCCAAUUUAAAAAGACUCCUUUUAGGGAGACGAUUUAUUCACUGGAAACUUGGCUUUAUAACUCUAAUAUUUAUGGGAUUUUUGUUUAUGAUACAAAAAGAAGUUAUUGAUUGGGAAAAGGAUGAACUAGGGGCUCACCGCGGGAAGAAAAAGAUGUUGGAUAUGAUGAUGGAAGCUGUGAACAAUAUUAAAGAUUCAAUGCCCAAAAUGCAAAUUAAUGCCCCCGUCAGGCAGACUGAUAAUGGAGAUAAUGUGAGACCGUGCUUGCCUGGAUAUUAUACAGCCGCAGAACUAAAGCCUUUCCUUGAACGCCCCCCUCAAGAUCCUCAUGCCCCUGGGGCAGCAGGAAAACCAUUUAAGGAGGAGAAGCUUACCCCAGAAGAGCAAGAAGAAAAAGAGAGAGGAGAGAAGAAACACUGUUUUAAUGCUUUUGCAACUGACCGAAUCUCACUUCACCGAGAUCUGGGACCCGACACAAGACCUCCUGAGUGCAUUGAGCAGAAGUUUAAGCGCUGCCCUCCACUGCCCACGACAAGCAUUAUAAUUGUGUUUCAUAAUGAGGCCUGGUCUACCCUGCUCAGAACAGUGUAUAGUGUUAUGCAUACAUCCCCUGCUAUACUUCUCAAAGAGAUCAUUUUGGUGGAUGAUGCCAGUGUAGAUGAGUAUUUGAAAGAUGAACUGGAUGAAUAUGUUAAACAGCUUCAGAUUGUCAAAGUGGUGCGACAAAAAGAACGGAAAGGCCUUAUUACUGCCCGUUUGCUAGGCGCCUCCGUUGCGACGGGAGAUACCCUUACAUUUCUGGACGCUCACUGUGAAUGUUACUAUGGCUGGCUAGAACCGCUCCUGGCUAGGAUUGCAGAAAAUUACACGUCUGUGGUCAGCCCAGACAUCACCGGCAUUGACCUCAACACAUUUCAAUUCAGCAACCCAUCCCCCUACGGCAAUAAUCACAACAGGGGCAAUUUCGAUUGGACCCUAUCAUUUGGUUGGGAAUCGCUUCCCAGUUCAGAAAAGACACGAAGGAAAGAUGAAACCUAUCCAAUAAAGACUCCCACUUUUGCUGGAGGGCUUUUUUCCAUCUCCAAGGCCUAUUUCGAACACAUUGGAAGUUACGAUGAACAGAUGGAAAUCUGGGGUGGAGAAAAUAUAGAGAUGUCCUUUCGAGUAUGGCAGUGCGGUGGCCAGCUAGAGAUCUUGCCUUGUUCUGUUGUUGGCCAUGUAUUUCGGAGCAAGAGUCCUCAUACGUUCCCGAAAGGGACGCAAGUGAUUGUGCGCAACCAAGUGCGUCUGGCUGAAGUCUGGAUGGACGACCUUAAAGAAAUCUUUUAUCGCAGAAACAGAGAAGCUGCAAACAUUGUCAAAAGUAAGGAAUAUGGAGAUUUGUCCAAGCGGUUGGACCUGAGGCAUCGACUUCAAUGUAAAAAUUUUACUUGGUAUCUGAAUAAUAUUUAUCCUGAGAUGUAUGUACCAGAGAGACACCCUCUGAUACAUGGAGAUUUAAAAAAUGUUGGUCGAGAUCUGUGUCUGGAUGUUGGAGGGGAAAAUCAUGGUGACAAGCCUCUGAUCAUGUACAGUUGCCAUGGACUUGGUGGGAACCAGUAUUUUGAAUACACUUCAAAACAUGAAAUUCGACACAAUAUUCAGAAAGAAUUGUGUCUCCGGCCUUCGCACAGUUCCCUUGUUAUUAAGCCGUGCAAUUACAGAGGGAGAGACACUGCCCCACUCCCUGAAGAGAGAUGGGAGCUGCAGAGGGAGCAACUCCUGUUCAACCCUUCCUACAACCUGUGUGUGAGUUCAGAAGGAGCCAAUCCAACCCUGGUACAGUGCAACCCAGCAGAUCCAUUCCAGCAGUGGAUCUUCCGGCAUCACGAAUGAACCAUUGGGAGCUCGCUUCCUUUCCAGCACUGGGAUCAGAGCACACUGUAGCCUUUUAUGCAAUGGCUGCGCUUACCCCGGGAAGCAAAGCCUGUCUUGUUACAAAAGAACAAACGCUCCAGGGUCGGCUGUAACUCUAGAAAUGCCAAAGGAACAUUUCCAUCUGUUUAUAUUGUUUUACAGUUUAUAGAGUAAGGUGAGGGGUGGGUUUGGGGGCAAACAAUUCCAGGCUGCCUUUUUAUGACUGUCAUGGGCACAGUUUUCUUAAAACCAAAGAAAAAAACUGAUUAUGUUUUAAGGGAUGCGCGUUCUGAAUACUUUCCCAGAAGAACCUGUCGGAACACUGGAAAACAGACACGUCUGGCUAAUACUAAACAUAACCUCAAAAGGGAAAAAGAGCUUAUUAUUAGUAAGAUUUCAUGUUU